AUGAAGUUCUCUACUGUUGCUACAUUAUCUCUAGCUGCCACCUCUCUAGUGGCUGCAGUUGAUCAAAACAAAGAAUAUACUACUACUAAAACCAUGACUACUAAGUACAACCAUGGUAAGGAUACUUAUGUGUAUACUACCACUUCUACUCAUACUACUCAUAAGUAUGGUAAGUUUAACAAGACUAAAAAAUCUCAUGCUCCUACUACAUCUGGUACUUACAAGAAGGGUAGAUUCAAUAAGACUAAGAAGUCUCAUGCUUCUACAUCUUCUGGUACUCACAAGAAGGGUAGAUUCAACAAGACUAAAAAGUCUCAUGCUUCUACUCCUUCAGGUACUUACAAGAAGGGUAGAUUCAACAAGACUAAAAAGUCUCAUGCUUCUACCUCUUCUGGUACUCACAAGUACGGUAGAUUCAACAAGACUAAAAAGUCUCAUGCUUCUACCUCUUCUGGUACUCACAAGUACGGUAAGUUUAACAAGACCAAGCAUCAUUCUACUUUGAGUGGUCUACCACAAGUUAAGCAUGCUAAUGCAGCUGCUGGUUCUCCAAGUCAAGUUAACUCUUUCCAAUUGUUUGGUUUGACUGCCGUUUCUGCUUUUGUUACUGGUGCCUUACUAUUAUUAUAA